AUGUCAACGGCGGUUGCUGUGUGGUUCAAUAGCACAGGGCGAGACAAGGGGGGACAGUUGGAGAGGCGUCGUCGACUGGUGGAGACGUGGAGAAAGCAGCGAGUGAAGGAGGGGAGUGGAGCUCGGGUGUGGCUCUGCAGCAGACUGGCCGAUGUGCAGCGAGGGGCGCAGCCAAUGGCGUCGAGGCGAAUUUUGCCGCAGCGUCAGUGGGCCGUAGCAGACAGAGUUGGAGUGGCAGCAGCAGCAGCUAGGACGGCAUUACCCAUUCAUUACCCACAGCCUGGCGGGCUGCAAGCACGCGACAUGACGGCAAUUCAGCCGAUGCUGAUUAACGGCGACGGGCGAGACGGUGACGGACAGGGUGCUGCAAGUAGAAUAGAGGCAAAGUCGAGUCAAGCUACGGUGCAACGGGCAGCAUAG